UUUAAAUACCAGCUAGCAGGCAAGUGCGAGUAGAGAAGAGAGAGAAAAAAAUCGAGCGGCGGCGGGGAAGCCCCUCUUUUCUCCAUUUGUUUGCUGGAAUAAUCAGUCAACUUCCAGCAGCCGGCCACUUCGUGUACUCAGCCUGUCCCGAAUCGCAGUUGAAGAGCCGAACUAGCAUGCAGUCCAGGGUCGUGACCUUUGCCACCUUGGCGGCCGCAUUGCUCGCCAUCGCCGCAGCUCAGGAGCGACGGGCGAUCGCCCUGUUGACGGUGCCGGGUCAGGGUUUGGCGUUGAGCGGCAACGUGUCGUUCGUGCAGACGCGUCCUGGCGAGCCGGUGCAGGUCCAGGGCCAGAUCAGCGGCCUCAGGCCCAACAGAAACUUCGGCUUCCACAUCCACGAGAAGGGCGACAUCAGCACCAAGGGCUGCACCAGCACCGGCGGACACUUCAACCCCCAAAAGCGUCAGCAUGGCGCGCCGACGGACAAGGAGCGCCACGUGGGCGAUCUGGGCAACAUCCGCUCCGACGACGGGGGCGUGGCCACGAUCAGCAUGCUGGACCCGGUUCUGUCGCUCGAAGGCGAAAACAACGUGCUCGGCCGCGGCGUGGUUCUGCACGAAGGAGAGGACGACCUGGGCAAGGGCACCGGCGACGACGAGAAGGGCAGCAAGGCCACCGGAAACGCCGGCGGACGCAUCGCCUGCGGCGUCAUCGGAAUCCAACACCCUGUGGAGCCGUGGAGUAGUUCUGCGACCCAGGUGGCGCUGUCGGGCGUCGCCCUGACGCUGCUCUCCGCCAUGAUGCUUUUGUAAUUUCGGUCCAGCGCCGCCAUUCCGUCCGAUCUCCCAAAAAGCCAUUGAAAUAAGUGUCAUAAUUAUCUGAACAUUUGUUCAACCUGUUUUAUUUCAUACAUUUAUUGUAUAAUUAUGUUACAAUAUUCACAAUUCGCGUAAAUUAUUUGUACAGUGAAUAAAAUAAAGCUACGCUCACACGA